UCCAGCUUUCCCAAAGCUUGCACUUUCUGGGCCCACACCAGCUGUGGCAAAAGCGUACUCUCCGUCCUUCUCAAGCAUGGGGAAAUCUUCGUUGGACGCCGGGGCUCAAUGGAGGGCCUCCCAGGGAUAUUCCAACUCCUUAUCCUCCAUACCCAAAAGUCCCUUAGACUCUACCCAUGCCCCAUGGAGACCACAAGGUUCAGGUCAGAUCCAGCUGUGGCAGUUUCUCCUGGAGCUUCUCUCCGAUUCGGCCAACGCCGCCUGCAUCACGUGGGAGGGAACCAACGGGGAGUUCAAGCUGGUCGACCCUGACGAAGUGGCACGUCGCUGGGGGGAGCGCAAAUCUAAGCCCAACAUGAACUACGACAAGCUGAGCCGGGCGCUGCGCUACUACUACGACAAAAACAUCAUGACCAAAGUCCACGGGAAACGUUACGCCUACAAGUUCGACUUCGCCGGUCUCGCUCAAGCUAUGCAGCCUUCCACCACGGACCCGUCUGCCUACAAAUACCAACAAGACUUCCUUAUGUCGUCUUACCAGUACCACCAUCAUCACCACCACCACCACCACCACCCUCACAACCAGAAGCUCAACUACUUAAACCCUCACUCGCCCAUCUCCAACACCGCCCCUCCUGCACUCUUCUCUCCACACACAGGCUACUGGCCGGGAAGUCCCAGUUCGAAUCUUUACCCGAACAUUCCCAACCACCCCAUGCCACCACAUCCCAGCCACAUGGCACCCCCACCACCGCUGGGGCCUUACUACCCUUACGACAGAUGGGAGGCAUGACGCUCACAGUAGAAACAGCAACACAGGGAAUUUCCCAAUGAAUGGGGAAAUCCUUAUGACUGGGGAAUUCCCGAAAAUAUGUGGACAUUCCAUACGGUUAGGGAAUUUCCGGUUGAUUGGGAAAAUUUAAAAUAUCUGAAACCUUUCCACAUAUAGUGGUAAAAUAAAAUCAAAUCAGUUUUCUUUUUUGGGGGUUCCAAAUGGUACUCAGCUGUGACAAUAUAAGACGACUGUCGGUAAGAAAAUCUUGUGACCCUAUUUUAAGGAUAAGCUACAAGGAAUGCUUUCGACAAAAGAAAUGUAAUUAUACUUAAUGCCACGUCGUGCAAACUUAAAAUGGUGGCAGGUGCUCGACAGAAAACAGAACACGAACAUGUGUCAGGGUGUGAUUGUAUGUAUGUAUGUCUCUCUGUGUGUGUGUGUGUGUGUGUGUGUGUGUGUGUGUGUGUGUGCGCGUGUGUGUGUGUGUGCGUGCGCGCGCGUGUGUGUGUUUC